CGUUGCCCUUUUGAAUGCCUCCUGCGGCUCAGAGUGCUGGCAGGGCGCUGGGAGUGUGAGUGAAUGUAGCCCCGCAGAGCCAAUGAGCUGGGACCGGAUGCGAUAUAUCCUCUGGGACAACAACUGCUCUGUUCCUCCUCAGAUCCACAUGACGCCAUUUACUGCUGCUUUUGCAGAGAGAUCACCCUACCUCCUCCGGAAAGGAAAAGAGAGAGAGGGAGCGCGAGCAGAAAAACGCCAAGCCCCUGCAGCUCAGAUCUCAAAUCUUCCUCCUCCUCCAAACACACAACAACAGGCACCACCACAAAUCUGCUGCGCUUCCAAAACACCCCCUGAUUGCAAACCACAGCGCUGCCUGCAACACUCACACGCUCGCAGAGGGAACGAGAAAGCUAGAGAGAGAGGGGGGAGCUUGCAGCUUCUCAGCAGAACGGCUACAUUGCAUAGGCUGUUUUUGUGGAGGAGCUCAGUGGAAGAAAAGCUUUGGGAUUGUAUUUUAGAACCACUUUAUUGUGUUUGCGUUGGCUUCUCCCUCCCCUCCCGCCCCUUGAUCAUUUGCAACAACAAAAAAAGUGACUUAGUAUUGGCGAUUGAGAAGUGGGGGAAAAGGAAACAGUGUAUGAGUGAUUUAUUUUUAGGAGCAAAGAAAUACCCAUCCGACCUGGAGACCUUUCAUAGAGGCUGGAUUUACUUGCAAACCGCAGGAAGAAGAAAACACGAGAGAGAAGGGGGGUUGGUGCAGUGCCGCGAUCACGGAGUUCAGAUGUGUUCUAAGCCUGCUGGAGUGACCACUCUUCAGGAUACUGAUGGAGACAAGAGCUCAGAAUGGCAGUGGGUCCCAGUCUUUGCUACAGGUUCGGCAUGACGGUGGGAGGCAGCAGGGAGACUCUGACCUGAGGGAUGUUCUGACUCAGCAGGUUCAUGUGUUGUCACUGGACCAGAUCAGGGCCAUCCGAAAUACAAAUGAGUACACAGAGGGACCUACAGUGGCUCCGCGACCAGGAGUUAAACCUGCCCCUCGUCCAGCUAGCCAGCACAAAAACGAAAGACCACAUGGCUUGCCUGAACAUCGUCAUCUUACCAGGGUCCAACAUGCACAGGUACAUACUUCCUCCCGGGCACCCCUGUCCCGUUCCAUCAGUACGGUCAGCACAGGUUCACGGAGCAGUACAAGGACAAGUACAAGCAGUAAUUCAUCUGAACACAGACUUUUAGGAUCAUCCUCAGGGCCAAUGGCUGAUGGGAUAAUCAGGGUGCAGCCCAAGUCUGAGUUCAAAACAAGCGAUCUGAAGCCCCUGAGCAAAGAAGACUUGGGCAUGCAUGCCUAUAGGUGUGAGGACUGUGGAAAAUGUAAGUGUAAGGAGUGCACUUCUCCAAGGACCCUGCCAUCCUGUUGGAUCUGUGACAAGCAGUGUCUUUGCUCAGCCCAGAAUGUAGUUGAUUAUGGGACUUGUGUUUGCUGUGUGAAAUGCCUCUUCUAUCACUGCUCUAAUGAUGAUGAGGACAACUGUGCUGACAACCCAUGCUCUUGCAGUCAGUCACAUUGCUGCACUAGAUGGUCUGCCAUGGGUGUUGUAUCCCUCUUUUUGCCUUGCUUGUGGUGUUACUUACCAGCCCAGGGUUGCCUUAAAUUGUGCCAGGGGUGUUAUGACCGGGUAAACAGGCCCGGAUGCCGCUGUAAACACUCAAACACAGUUUGUUGCAAAGUUCCCAGUAUUCCCCCCAGGACCUUUGAAAAGCCAACAUAGCAUCACUAGUUGGGAAUGCUAAAGUUAUAAGGAUUCUUCUAACACACAUAUGCAGCCAACUAAACAGCUAUAACCUUGGCACUGUUAGUAGAAGGGCUGGGGGUAUACUUUGCUGUUUGCAGUGAACUGCUUUUCUGUAUGUGUGCCAUCUUAACUGAUCUGCUUGUUAGAACCCAGCUAAUGGAGCUCAAAUAUGGGAUGCAGUACUUUGUGACCCAUGUAUUGCAUAAGCUAAAGCAACACAGACACUCCUAGGUGACUCUAUUGUUUGUGAAUAGUACUUGCAAAAUUUGUAAAUUAGCAAAUGACUCCUUUUUAAUUUUUUUCUGCCAGAGAUAAUGUGCUAUAUUUUUGUAUAUACGAUAAUAUUUUCAACUGUGAAAAACAAGUCGUGUCAUAGAACAUGGCACAGUCACAAAAUAUUAUACUAAUAUGUUGUACAUUCGGAAGAAUGUGAAUCAAUCAGUAUGUUUUUAGAUUGUAUUUUUUGCCUGACGGAAACCCUCUAUUACAAGACUCUGAUUUCCCUUUGGACUUCAUGUAUAUUGUACAGUUUCAGUAAAAUUCAGCCUUUAUUUUCUAAUUUUUUUCAACAUAUUGUUUAGUGUAAAGAAUAUUUAUUUGAAGUUUUAUUAUUUUAUAAAAAAGAAAUAUUUAUUUUAAGAGGCAUCUUACAAAUGUCACCCCUUCUUAUGAGGAGUCAUGGUUGCUGCAAAUAAGGGGUGACAGAUGCAUAUGUUCACUAUAAAAUAGAAAAUAUAUUAACGUUUGAAAUUAAA